AUGCAUGUAGUCACUCCAUUGUCAUCUGUCAGAAAAGUUCAGGACUGUGCCAAAUGGGUCGAAUGCUCUUUGUUCAAACCUUCUGGCUGGAAUGCCUUUAACCCCAUUUCAUUUACUCGGUUAAAAGUCGGUAUCCGAGUCUGUAAUAAAGUUGCAUUACAUUGCACUGUUAUCUUUGAUGCGGGAGAUAUUGCUUUUCCGCCUGAUUUGAUUGUCCAUGAAUUCAAUGUACGAUUGCUCGAUAUCAAGUAUCUCGUCGAAUGGGAUGCACAAGAUGAAUCAAAUCUACUCUAUGUUUUUUCAGAAGUUCGCCAACAGUUUAUUAAAUAUCAACUUGAACAGUUUAUGAGCUCCAAUGUCGAAAGACUUGUAUUUGAAAUAGGAUGCAUAGCCCAUGUCGAGGAUUUGGAGCUUCUUGUAGAAACAAACAGCACCAGUUUGCGCAAAGAAUAUCAUGUAUACGUGCCAGUUUGCUACCAUGAAACAUUGGCGGAUCUGGAUCUAAAUGAUCCACCUAAACGUAAGUUUGUUAUCGACACUUUGUUGGAAUACGAAAAGCUGAGUAUUCUAUAUACAGGCGCUGUUUUAUAUGUAAAGUAUGACAUGAACCAAGAUAACAGCGCUGUAAAUACAAUCACUCGGGAAUUUCUGUCUCUAAAAACAAUGAAACCGGAUACGACAAUCAAGCUGCCAUCGUGUGACAAGGACACCUUGAUUGUGGAUUACUUGGCACAAAUACAAGAUCUUCUUCAGAAAACACAGAGUAUACGACUCAAUAAUCAUGCGGCUCGCGAACGUCUAGUGCAGUGUCUUGUCACAGAGUUUGCAGAGUAUGUCCUUGAAUACGAUGAUGUGAAUUUCUCUUAUGUUGGAUUGUACAUCAAUGCAUAUGCAACGAGUGAAACCAAACAGAUUUGUGAAGUCGUUGCAGGGGCAGUAGUGAAUGUGCAUAUUUCUGCAUUGUAUCCAUUGGAACCCAUUGUAAUUAUUCUAUCAUCACCAACAAAAUUCCAGUCAUCCGACUCAUAUAUUCCUGAAUCUCGAGAGUGGAAGUUGCCAUUUACAAGAGAUAUGCAGCCAGAAGAUACAGUAUUAGCCAUCAAGAAACAAGUGGCAUAUAAUGCGAUUACUAGCGAUCCCAUACACGCCACGCCUGGCAAUGAAGAAAUGCUGACAGCACCAGAAGUGGGAUUGGUACUAUUGGACACAGCAGUGCUUCCAGAAAAGGGAGCAGAAGAAAAUAUUGAAGGCGCAGGAGAUGAAAGUGUUGCAGACUCUGUAGCCGUAGCUGUAGCUGUAGUAGAAUGGACGCAUACGCCUGGUGCAUCAGAAAUGUCACCAAGUUGGCAAGUGAGGCCAAAGAAGCAGCGUGGGUUUGUUGGCAUGAAUCCUCCGCAUGAACCACCAAGGAUAGCAACAGAACCGCCGGCUCGAACACACAGUCCUGGAGACUCGGCACCAACACCGUCAGGACGAGCACAGAGUAGACCAGAGUUGCACUCGAUGGGAUUGUUGGGGACUUGA